AUGGACCAGUUGCACGCGCACGCACAAUCGCCGGCUUCGUUUACACCCGCCUCCGACGCAGGUGCAGGUCGUACGCCACCAAUCGCCGAAACACGGGCCAGUCCGCGCUCUUGUCUCGCCUGCAAAGCCAAAAAGAUUCGAUGCGACAAGGCGCAGCCAUGCCAGCGCUGCAUACGCGCCGGGCGGUCGUGCGCGUACCCGCCGCCAGGUCCUCGCGUUCGGCGGACAAAAGGGGCCAUCAUGGCCGCCAUGGCGUCGCGGCUUGCCGAUCUAGAGGCGCAGUUGAAGGAAAAGGGCGUGCCAAAGAGCAUUGGCCGCGCGGCAAGGAACCAUGUACCGCACCGGCAAACACAAAUCGCAUCAACGCGAGAGACUGCCGCUCCUGGACACACUGUCGACGUCCUCGUGGAGAGAGGCGCGUCGACUCAAUACUUCAACGAGGUCUUGCUGGCUCGCGUCAUCGGCGACGACGAUGACGGUCGCAUUGGCCACAGCCUGUCCGCACCACCGGCCUCUCAUAAUCGUCCCACCAUCCGCUCGUUCAGCACCACGGUCUCGCCCUGUCCCUCCCCAUUCAGUGCUCUGGGCAUCCUAUCAGCACCGACGCCUUCACAGCUGCCCUCCAGUCUGCACCCCCCCAGGACACUGGCCAUCCGCCUCUGGCACACCUACCUCGACAAAGUCGACGGCUGUUCGGGGCUCAAACUGCUGCACGUGCCUACGGACGAGGUACGUGUCUUUUCCGUGAUCCACGACCCGGGUGCGGCGUCGUACGAGGACCUGGCCCUCUGCUUUGCCAUAUACUUUGCUGCUCUGGUGUCGUUGGAAGACGGCGAGGACACUCUCCUACUGAACGGUGAUGGACUCUUCGGCAUCAGCAAAACAGACCUUCUCCAGAAGCUCAAACUCGGCCUGGAGCAGUCGCUGGCGCAUGGCGACUUUCUCGACCGCCCCACUCUCACGGGUCUGCAUGCCCUCGCCAUCUACCUGGCCACCUUGCGUUUCUGCAAUCGCGGAAAGGGCCUGUGGGUGCUUAACGGUCUGGCCGUGCGGGUGGCCCAGUCGCUGGGCUUGCACCGGGACGGGCAACGUUUGCGGCGCAGCACUCAGCGUCCCCUGACGCCCUUCGAGGCCGAGAUCCGCCGCCGGCUAUGGUGGCACCUGCUAUCGCGUGAUGGGCGCGCGAGCGAGGACUAUGGCCUCGACAACAUGGCGACCCUGGGCAGUGGGAGCAAUCUGCUGGCCGAGUCGGAUGUGCAGCUGCCGUUGAACGUGGACGACGCCGACCUGGUGCCAGACAUGGCGACUCUCCCCAAGGAAAAGGCCGGCUGGACGGCCAUGACGUUCUCGCUGAUCCAUAUUGCGCUGUAUCGAACGGCGCAGCGGCUGGCCGCGUUGGCAGCUGCUGCAACUACCAGUGACGACGAGCGGUCGUCGGAAGACACUCGUGCCCGCAUCAUGGCCGAUCUCCGUGCCGAUGUGGAACAGCGCCUCGCCCGCUGCAACCCGCUGCUGCCCCAGCAGCAAAUGACCAUUUCCUGCAGCCGCUUCCUCCUCCGCAAGCUCGACUUUGUGUCCCGGCUGCAGUGGGCGUUGCUCGUCGGCCGUCGCAGUGCCGUCGAGCUGGCCACCGACGCCAAUUUGGUGGAAGCCCUGGCCAUCCUCCAGCCGCGCCUCUUCCACGAGGACAGUCUCCUCCUCCGAUACGCCUGGGCCCGCCAGGCCUUCCCACAGUAUCACAUCGUCAUGUACGUGCUGUGGCACCUCUGUCAGCAACCGCGCGGCCCGCAUGUGGACGACGCCUGGGCGGCGCUGGACACACUCUUUGCACACGAGUUGAACGAGGCACAGACGGUGGCCAGUCACGAGAGUGCCGCGACAGGCUUUGGCGCCAAAUUCGCCGUCUUGGCGGCGCUCAAGGUCAAGGCCGAGACCAUUCGAGGCAGAACACAGGCGGGGACAGCGCAGCGGGUUGCAACUGGAUCUCCUUCUCCCGCCGAUACGGGCCGAACCAUUCUAAAUAACAACACUCCCUUCUCGGGCCGUGUUGGAGCUGAGACUGCAAAUACGUCGACAGCAUUGCCCUCGUCCGGUUCUCCUUCAGGUAGAUUGUUUGGUGGCGGCAGUGUUGAUUUAGGACUAGACUUAAACAGCGGUAUGCUUGACUUUGGCCUCGAUGGCAUGUGGUCGGCCUGGGGUGAUGAGCAGCUGCCGUUGCUGUGA